AUGGCGUUUACCAGGCAGCACCAAACACCGACUAGUUAUUUGCUUUCGUUAGUUUCUUUUGUCAAACAAAUCCGUAAUGUAGCAAACAACAAACCGCAAAAUUUUUGUUUUGUUCAGUGUUCCGAUUUCUGUUUCCGUCGUAGAAUCGAUCGCGCGAGAGAAGGACAUUGUGGUUUAAAGGUACACCUCUUGGGUAUCCUAAAACAGGCGACAAAAGGCCGAACAGUGACGUUAUUUUGUGUGCCUCGACAAAAGCGAUCAUCUCAGAACGAAAGCAUUUACCCACAGCAAGGAAUCAGUACCACAGAAUUCUGAGCAUGGUGAGAAGGAAUAUACCAUCUGCUAUAUUUCUUUUUAAACUAUUAAAUGACUUUGUCGAUUGUUCUUGAAUUUUGUCUCAAAUAAAUUUUAAUGUAUCUGUAACUAUAUCACAUUCAUACCUGCGCGAGCCAGAAACAAACUUUUAGUUAAAUCUCCUAUUCACGUUAUGUGUAAACACCUGAAUACAAUCAGCUGUCAUUGUGACAUAUUUAUAUGUUCCAUUAACAUAUUAGUUAAUGUGUUAUUUAU